AUGACGCCCCCUCCUCCUCGCGGCCGCUUCUACGUCGAGAAGUUCCUCGGCCUGAAGCACAGCGUCGGCGUCGCCUGCAUCGGCUGCGUCUACCUCUCGAAAGCCGCCGGCGCGUUCACGUUCGCCGUCGCUCUGCUCAUUGCUCAGGCCCUCGAGCCCCGCUUCGAAAAUUUAUACGACCCGGUCGUCGGCGCGUUCUCGUGGGGCGGCUUCAUCUACACGGACGAGUGCAUCGCCGACGAGGUCUGCGCGCAAGACUUCCUCAACAAAACAAGAGACGCGAUCGCCUUCGCCGCGUCGUACGGCGUCCUGUUCCUCCUGCUCACGGCGCUCGUCUUCCUCGUGUACGGCUGCCUCGCGCUCAAGGCCGCCGACGGGUCUGUGAGCGCCGCGCGCCGCGUCUACGUCUUCACGACGGCGCUGGCGGUGCUGUGCGUCUUCGGUCUGUUUGACGGGACCGGAUUUGUCGCGUUGAUCCUGACGGCGUACGCGGCCGUCGUGGGCCCGCUCGCACUGGAUCCAGCUCGCCGAGGCCGCGACGCCGGCCUUGGGCUACGCGAGCGUCGUCGGCGAGGAGUCCGACGUCAAGCCCGCGGCCGACAAGGU